GACUGGAUGCCCAGCGUGAGUGUAUACUGUGAGGGCCUUUGUGCUCUCGGACAGCAUGUAGUCGUCAGGGAAGGCCUCCAGGAGGAAGGGGCGGCCCACCACCCCAGGCAGCACAGUGGUGAGGAGGCCCUGGAGGGGCUGGUCUGGGGGAAUGAGCCUGGGGGAGAUGGAGGCCAGAGCACACGAGCCCCUGAGUGUUGGGCUGAGGAGCCAGGGCUGCACCCCAGGAAAGGGAGAGACAGGGUGGUCUUGGGUUGUGGAGAGUGCUGCAUGGGGCCCCACUGGGGCUGUGUUCCCCAGGGGGAUGCCAAGGCUGGCAAUGUUCAGCGGCUCGUGGGGUGGAGAGGAGCAGGUGAACACAAGAGAGAUUUCAGGGAGAAAGAGCAGCAAGAUGGGGUGAGGCGCUCAAGCCGGGAUGCCGAGUGGGAAAGCCAGGAGUUGGCUAGAGAAGGGUCCCGGGUGGAGGCACGGCCAGGGAGUGUCAGGCCCAGGGUGCACAGCUGCCCAGGGCGGGUCGGGGGAGGGCGGGAACGUAUGAUGCAGGGAGCCAGACUGCCACCAGACACUCGUGCCCAGCUGAACCAGGUGCGGGCGCAGGCUGUUUGCCUUCAGGUGGCCAGGGACUCCCUCCAGCUGCUUCUGGACGGAGGGACGGGAAGUGGCCAGAAGGGGAAGUGGAGGAGUUCCCGUCCAGCCUGUCAUCAGUCUCCCCAGGUCUUGAAGCGGCGGCCCUGCUCCCUGCCGUGACCAUGGACCCUGUGGAGACCCCUAUCAAGGAUGGCAUCCUCUACCAGCAGCAUGUCAAGUUUGGCAAGAAGUGCUGGCGGAAGGUGUGGGCUCUGCUGUAUGCAGGAAGCCCAUCGGGCGUGGCACGGCUGGAGAGCUGGGAGGUCCGGGAUGGUGGCCUGGGAGCAGCAGGUGACAGGUCGGCAGGGCCUGGCCGGCGAGGGGAGCGACGGGUCAUCCGCCUGGCUGACUGUGUGUCGGUGCUGCCGGCCGACGGUGAGAGCUGCCCCCGGGACACCGGUGCCUUCCUGCUCACCACCACCGAGCGAAGCCACCUGCUGGCUGCGCAGCACCGCCAGGCCUGGAUGGGCCCCAUCUGCCAGCUGGCCUUCCCGGGGACAGGGGAGGCCUCCUCAGGAUCCACAGAUGCCCAGUCUCCCAAGAGGGGUCUGGUCCCCAUGGAGGAAAACUCCAUCUAUUCCUCCUGGCAGGAAGUGGGCGAGUUUCCCGUGGUGGUGCAGAGGACCGAGGCCGCCACCCGCUGCCAGCUGAAGGGGCCGGUCCUGCUGGUGCUGGGCCCAGAUGCCAUCCAGCUGAAGGAGGCCAAGGUCACCCAGGUCCUCUACAACUGGCCCUACCACUUCCUGCGCAAGUUUGGCUCUGACAAGGGCGUGUUCUCCUUUGAAGCCGGCCGCCGCUGCGACUCAGGUGAGGGCCUCUUUGCCUUCAGCACCCCCUGUGCCCCCGACCUGUGCAGGGCUGUGGCUGGGGCCAUCACCCGCCAGCGGGAGCGACUGCCAGAGCUGGCCAGGGCCCAGCCCGGCCCCCUGCCACGGGCCACCUCUCUGCCCUCCCUGGAUACCCCCGGAGAGCUGCGGGAGAUGCCACCAGGACCUGAGCCACCCACCUCCAGGGGGGUGCGCCUGGCUGAGCCUGGACCUCAGAGCCUGCCGCUACUGCUAGGCCUGGAGCCCAGCGAUCCGGCAUCCGGGCUCUACGCCUCAGUGUGCAAGCGUGCCAGUGGGCUCCCACGCACUGAGCACCUCUAUGAGAACCUGUGCGUGCUGGAGGCCAGCCCCACACCGCACAGCGGGGAACCUGAGCGGCACGAGGGCCCUGGCGGCUGCAGCCCCACAGCCAGUCCCAUCUACCACAACGGCGAAGACUUGAGCUGGCCCAGCCCGGCCCACGACAACAGUUUGGAAGCCCAGUACCGGCGGCUGCUGGAGCUGGAUGAGGCAGAGGGCACAGGCCGCCCUGACCCUCAGGCAGGCUUCAAGGCCAAGCUGGUGACGCUGCUGAGUCGUGAGCGGAGGAAGGGCCCUGCCCCUUGUGACCGGCCCUGAACACCCAGCAGAGUGGUGGCCAGAGGGGAGAGGUGCUCCCCCUGGGACAGGAGGGUGGGCUGGUGGGCAAAUAGUGGGCCCAUGCGGACACACGCCUGUGUCUACCCUGGCCUGCAGGAACAAGGCAGGCCGCCUGUGGAGGACCUCAGCCCUGCCCUGCCCUCCACAUAUGCAGUGUGCAGACUCGCAGAUAAUAAAGCUCAGAGCAGCUCCCAACAGGGGCACUCACGGCACACGCCCCUGCCCACGUUCAUUGCGGCCAGCACCAGCGCCCUGUGCCGGUUCCAGGGGGCACAGGUGACCUGGGCCUGACCUGCCACCCAUGGGCUCAAAUCCACUGCAGCAGACAGACAGGAUGGAGAUCAUUAGGACUCCAUGUGGCCCUCCAUGGCCAGAGUGACACGAAGAGGCAGGCGGAGGGAACUGUGAGGCUUAUUUGUCAGACUCUGGAAGGAGCAACAUGAGGGCCCAAUUGGAGACCCGGAGGCCUGAGCUGGGAGGAGGCAAUGGGGGCGGGGAGCAGGUGGAAGGGAUUUCAGAGACACCCUCGCUCCACACACUUGUUCCCUGCUGAAACUGCAACAAUUUGCAGAUACUUCUGGGAACCCCAGGCCUGUCCCCUCAUCUGUAAAGGAGAGAGAACAAAUGAGGUAUCAGGCAUCAUCCUAGAUGAGAGUUUUGCUGUGUGCCUACUCAGUGCCGGGCGCUGGGGGACAUGGCCGUGUUCAGGAUGAGAGUUUUGCUGUGUGUCUACUCAGUGCCGGGCACUGGGGAACAUGACCGUGUUCAGGACAGCCUUGGUCCUGUUCGGGAGCCCACAUUCCAGGGGGAGAGAAGUUUCCUGAAGACUUCCGUGCUGCAUUCCCUCCUCUGCUCCUGCUCCUGUCGCCAUCCUAGGAGCCAGCCAUGCGCACAAGCAUGCCUCCAGGGGUCUGGCUGCUUGGCCCCUCACCGCAACUCCACCUCAGCUGCCCACACCCUUGGCGUAUCCUGAACCUCAUUUUCAUGACAGACACAUAAUUUUUGCUCUCUCCUGUCCAAGCCUCAUCCUCUGGCCACCUCCUCCUUCCAGCUCACUUCCUCUAGCACGGCCAAUACCGCCCCUGCCUAGCCACAUUGACCUACAGGGACCCUUUUCUGGCUCUUCCAGGCCUCUGCCUACCAUCCCCUCUGUUCUCCAUAGUCCCUUCCCCCCUUCUCUCUCCUUUCAUCUUACUGGUCUGGCAAAGCCCCCAGCCUUGGAUGAGCUCAGACCUCCUCUGGGCCUGCACACAGUUGCCCAUAGCCAAAGAAAUCCAUUUAAGCAGGCUGACUGCAUCCUUAACAGUGCAAGGCAGGCGCUCCCUGCCACCAGAGACCCUGUGCCCUAGAGGGGCAGCUUUUCUCCUCCCCAGAAUCUCCUGUGUGUCCCUACCCAGUGUCUCCUCACAGGCAUGUUGGGGAAACAGGUCAGGCUCUCCCACUGCAUCUGCAAGUGUACUGGCAUCCAUCCAUCUUCUUCCUACCCCUACAGUAGCAACAGUGUCCCCAGCUAUGCUCUGAUCCCGUCUCCUCUCACCUCAGAGCUUGGAAACUUGAGCUCUCUCCUGGGCCCAUUCAUCCUAUCAGCGGCUUUUCCAGCCACACCUAAACAUGCUCUGUAAUGUCACAUUUUAAACCUACCCUUGCCCUCACAUUCCCCUUUGGCCACCUCCCUGUUUCUCUGUUCCUCUUCACAGCAAAAACUCUUCAAAAGAGUUGUUGAUUACUUUCAUUUCCACUUUCUUACCCCUAUUUUUCCCUCAAUUAACUCUCCUUCAUCCCCAUGAUGCCAUUAUGUGGCUCUUUAAUUAGAGUCACCAAGGUUAUUCUCCAAAACGUUGCUCCAAAAGCAACAGGGACUUUGACUUCUCAGCAGCACUCAGCUCUGGGUCUUGAAACACUCCCCAUUACUUGCUUUUCCUCCUACCUUGUAACUCUGUCUUUCCCAGCCUCUACUGCUGCCUUCUCUGAGUUCGUCCCAGGGUCCUAGGCUCAGAUAUAGUGUAGCUCAACCCUGCUACACAAAGAAUCUCCUGAAAGCCUGUAAAACUGUCCAUGCAUGUUCUGUGAGUGACCUACCAAGAGAAUAAACAAUUUUAAAAAUCCA